AAAAAAAAAAAAGUCGAAGCAAAGUUCUGGUGCUUCUCGCGCACCCUAUCAUCCGAUCAGACUUUCUUCUCCGGCGAAAAUCACUCUCUUCCUCACCGGCGAUCGAGUCCCCGACUAUCAAAUCGAGGUUACAGGGUCUCAUAGAUUCGUAUCUAUCACUCUUCACUGAUUCGAAUUCGUUUCAGAGGUUUGAUUUUUGACCAAAAAGCUCCACCUUCCUAGGGUUAGCUAAAGAGGGAAGCUUGAAUCGAAAUGUCAUAUGAAAGCAAAGGCUUCUGGAUUCUCAAGAACAAUGAGAAUGCAAACGAGGAAGAAGACUCUGUGUAUGUUCAUCACCAUCAACCAAGAGAAGAUGCAAAGCGUCCUUACCCUUGGUUUAACGACUCCUCUUCUCGCUCUGAGACCUUCCCAAACAAGAAGCAAGCCGUUGUGCAAGUGCAAGAUCCAGGGAAAUCAAAUGUAGUAGGUCUAAGUCUUCCUCUAUGGGAAACUUCAUCCGUGUUUCAAUCCGUCUCAAACCAGUUCAUGGAUAGGCUUCUCGGCACUGAGAUGCCCAGACCCCUUUUGUUUGGUGACAGAGAUAGCAGAACAGAGCCCAAGAGCUAUAUGGAAGACAGAUCUGUGGAGUUGUCUAUAUCUAACGGGGCUGAGGUUGUUGGAAGCUGUUUCGGUGGUGGUGGUGAUGGAGGAAGUAGAAAGCUUCAAGUUAGUCGUGUCAAGGAGACGAUGAGUACUACAACACAUGGUGGUUUGAUAGACGGUAGGAAAAUGGAGUCGUCUUCGAUUAGAGCUUGUGGUGGGAGGGAGAACGAGAGUAGUAGUAGUAGUAGCUUUGUGAAUUUCGCGAUGGAGGGUGGUCAUCCUUAUGGUAAUGAGGAGGACACUCAUGGGAUCACGUUUGGUGAAGAGCUUAACGGUGUUGGCUCUGGGAACUAUCAGUCUUAUGUUCAAGAUCCAGAUAUGGUUUAUGGACAAGAAACCGCACAGACCAACAGCGAUGUUGUGAGUGAGCAACCGCAAGUGGGUAAACAGAGUUUGGAAUCUUUUCCAAAGAGUAAGACGUCAAAGAAGGAAGCUUCCACAAGCUUUCCUUCGAACGUAAGAAGCUUGAUAUCAACUGGUAUGCUCGAUGGCGUUCCUGUGAAGUACGUGUCUCUCUCGCGUGAGGAGCUUCGAGGAGUCAUCAAAGGAUCAGGCUAUCUCUGUGGGUGUCAAGCUUGUGAUUAUACAAAGGUGCUUAAUGCGUAUGCAUUUGAGAGACACGCGGGAUGUAAAACAAAGCAUCCAAACAAUCAUAUUUACUUUGAGAACGGGAAGACUAUUUAUCAGAUAGUUCAGGAACUUAGGAACACUCCAGAGACUAUGUUGUUUGAUGUUGUUCAGACUGUUUUUGGGUCUCCUAUCAAUCAGAAAGCAUUCCGCAUAUGGAAAGAAUCAUUCCAAGCAGCAACCAGGGAACUUCAGCGUAUCUAUGGCAAAGAAGAGCGUUGCUUUUGAAUGUAUAAAUUACUAUAUUAAUGUGGAGAAUUGUAAGAUUGUAAACUUUUACUGGAUCUUAUAAUGUAUAAACUUCUUUUUUUUGGUUUGA